AUGUUGUUGUGGAGUGAAUUCUCUUUAGCAAGACCAGUUCUGAGAAUUCACUCCACAACUGAAAACUUCGCUCCAACCCCGGAAGCUCCCCACACCCCUGAACCCCCACUCGAGCUGCAAGGCGCACUUGAUAUCGUAACACUCGUAGCUAAAGAAGCCCGGGUAGCACGCCAGACCUUAAACCAGGCCCGGAAACAGCUUCAUAGGGCAGGAAUUGAGGCACGGAAGGAAGAGCGUGCCCAAAAGAAGAUGAUUGCCAAGCUCUACGAAGAGGGGCUCCCAAUUCCUCCAGAGUUCGAGGAGCCAAUUCCUGACCCAGAAGCCCCCCAAAUUGAGAGCCAGUAUGAGAGCGAGCGUGGGAGCGAGUGGGAGUAA